UUGGAACGACCAGAGGUAUUUGGAGCGGGCCCAGGACCUGAUCAGGCUGACACUGUCGCAUUUUGGCGUCGCCUGUGGUCAGAGCCCGUAAACCACAGCGAGGGCCCUUGGAUGGAAGUUGUGGCGAGCCAGAGUGCAAGUGUUACGCCUAUGGACCCCGUCACCAUAACGCCUGAAGACGUGGCUGAGGCGGUCCGUAGGGCCCCGAACUGGAAAAUUCCGGGGUUCGACGAGCUGCAUCAUUACUGGCUGAAGGGAUUCGUAGUGUGUCACGCUGUGCUCGCCCGACAGUUUCAAGAGGCUCUCGAUCAGAAGUCGCUCCCGAGCCUCUUCACUACUGGGAUCACUCAUUUGGUUCCUAAAGAUCAGGAUACCACAGACCCCGAGCAAAUACCGCCCCAUCACGUGUCUACCCACCAUAUAUAA